AUGGCUUCCACAUCCACCACUUCCAACAACAACCCGCCUCCCCAGGGUCCAGAGGGGGGAUCAACCAGUGCGCCUGUGGCUGGUGGUGUGGCUGGGGGCGAGGCCCCAGCCACUAAGAAGAAGAGUUCCCGGUUGUUUUGUUCAUACUGCAAGAAGGCCAAUCACACGGCCGAUACCUGUCGUUCUGUCCCUGGCACUAUCACUAUCUUGAGUGGUGGGGGCACCAUGGCCCCUACGGGCUGUACAUUUCGCCUCGCAACUGGACGAGUCGAGAAGAAGAAGAACAAGAAAAACAACAAGAAGAAGAAGACCAGCGAGAAGUUAGCAGACAAGGUCACCAAGGAGGUUGAGGCGAUGCAGCUCGAGUAA